AUGGCUUCAGGUGGUAAAAGUGGAGCACACGCUGCAUUCGAUAAAUAUUCUAAAUUUGGUAAAACAGAAUCACAAUUGAAAGAUAAAGAUAUACGACUUGACUCAAAAAAUAUUCAAAAAAUGAUGAAAGAUACAGGCGUUAUUGAUACGAAAUACACAUCACAGUUACUUGAUAACGAUAUCGCUCGUGUAUUAGGCAAACUUACAUCUGGCGGUACAUAUACGAAAGGAAUUAAAACAUUCGAAGUCAAUGGUUUUGUACAACUAUGUAAUCAAAUUGCUGAGUCGAAAAAAGUUAGUGCCGAUCAAAUAAUAUCAAAAAUUGAUUCAAGUGAUGGUCCAAGUCUUUCCGGUGUUACCGGCACGGCUAAUAAAGAAACAACAGGCCGUAUGACAGAUACAAGUGGAUAUACUGGUUCACAUAAAGAACGUUUUGAUGCAGAAGGAAAGGGUAAAGGUAUUGACGGUCGUGAAAAUUUGGUAGAUAAUAAGGGAUAUGUUACUGGUUAUAAAGAAGAAGGUACCUAUGAUAAAAAACAUUAA